GGAACAUCAACAAGGACAUCAACAAGGACAUCAACAAGGACAUCAACAAGGACAUCUUCCUCAGCUGAACAAGCAGAUUCUGUUUGCAAUAUAUCAUUCCAUCACUUUGGCCCAAAAUACUCGAAUAGUUUACAACCUCUGGUAGACUGUUACGCCAGUUCGCAUCAAAACCAUUAUCUUCAGAGCUCCAAUCAUCAUACCCGCCACCAAAGCUCUCCAACAUGGCGCCCAUUACCAAAAUUAUCUCGUUGCUCAGCAGCGCAUCGCUCAUCAACGCUAUCGUUAUGCCUGAGAGUGUUCUUGAAUUUCCCGUCGCGCAUGAUGAACAUGCCUCUGUCUACGAUAAAAACAGUCCUCUUCCAAGUAUUUUCAACCUCACCUUGUCCGGAAAGACUCGCCAAAACACAAAAUCAUCCAACGAUGAAGAUGAUACUCCACUUCCCUUGAUUAUCUGGCAUGGACUCGGCGAUAAUUACAAAGCGGAUGGUCUUGCGCAAGUUGGAAAACUAGCUGAAGCUAUUCAUCCUGGGACUUUUGUCUACAAUAUUCAUGUAGAUGAGGAUGCAUCUGCAGAUAGGACAGCUACCUUCUUUGGAAAUCUCACUCUUCAAAUCGAAAAGGUCUGCGAAGACCUCGCCUCCCAUCCUAUUCUCUCUACCGCGCCCGCCGUCGACGCAAUUGGAUUCUCCCAAGGCGGCCAAUUCUUGCGUGGCUACAUAUCCCGCUGCAAUGCUCCACCCAUCCGCUCUCUCCUGACCUUCGGUUCCCAACACAACGGCAUUUCUGCCUUCCAAGCCUGUGGUCCUGCCGAUUUCCUCUGUCGCGGUGCUCAAACCCUUUUGCGAUCCAACACCUGGUCAACCUUUGUCCAAUCUCGUCUCGUACCCGCUCAAUACUUCAGAGAUCCGGAAAACCUAGACUCUUACCUUGAAUAUUCCAAUUUCCUUGCCGACAUCAAUAAUGAGCGCGUUCUCAAGAACCAAACAUAUAAAUCCAACAUGGAAAAAUUGGAACGAUUCGUAAUGUAUGUCUUUGAAGACGAUACAACUGUCAUCCCUAAGGAAAGUGGAUGGUGGGCUGAAGUCAACGGCACGGAAGUUACACCACUGAAAGAAAGAGCCAUUUAUAAAGAAGAUUGGCUAGGUUUAAAGACAUUGGAUGAGGCCGGAAAAUUAGUUUUCGAAACCAUUCCAGGGGGACAUAUGACGUUAGGAGAGGAGAUGCUAGAGAAGGCUUUCAAAGAGUAUUUUGGUCCAGCAGGGAAGAAAUUUGGGGAGAAGCAAGCCCAGAUGACGGGACACGAGGAGGAGUUGUAAAGGGGCUCGGUUACGAUAAUUUGGGCUAGAAGGAUGGGAAUGAAAUGUUGUUUUUGGAGAAUUUGCAGAUAGGUCAUGGAGUGGAAGGAAAGCGUUUGUAGUUUGAGAUACCGGGCGCAGGCUAGGGAAUGCGGGCGUUUGUUCUCAUGGUCUAAAUUGAGAUUUGUAGUUUGGUUCAUUCGGACUCGAGGAUAAUAAGUUAGUUAAUUCAAUAUGGGAUUCCCGAAAUUAAUAAUAAAAAAAUACUUUUAAGCUCCA